AUGAUUGCUUACGCCGCUGUCUUUCUGGUGAAGCUAUUACUCUGUGUGCCGAGAGAAAUGCGAAGCGAGCUUGAGGGUAUCACGAUCGACACGAUCCACGCAACAGCCCAAUCCUUCGCUCAACACUCCGCACCGGUUAAAUCGAGCUGCUGGCUGCAGGCUAAAUUUCUAAGCAAUGUGCUUCGUGAGUUCAAGGAGGCUAGUCGCACGCGACAGCCACACCCAGCUAGUAUCGCAGGCACCUCACGCUACCAACAAGAACCCCGAAUGGCAAUGGGACACCAUUCGAGUCAUGACGCGAGAGACGCAACUCUACAUAUAGAUGGAAAUUCAAAUCCCUCACUCCAGCCCCGGGAAAUUGCCAGCGGUGAUAUCUCAGCGCAGCACCAGCAUCCACAUGCGCCACGACCACCACCAGCAGUACAUCCCGAAUACCCACAACAUCCAUUCAACACCGGCGCAAUCACGACAUCCACGGCCUCCACGACCACGACGCCGAUCCUCAACACUGCACCAACAUCAGCACCAUACCCUCCUCCCGUCCACCACGCACACCAGGAAUCACACCUCCACAGUGAACAACACCACCAGCAGCACCAGCAGGACUUCACAUUCUCCGACGACGCAAUGUGGGAAGUCAUGUUCGCGAACGCAGGCUUCAACAUCACGGAUGGGACGUUCCUGCUCGACCAUACCGCGUACGACGACUACCGCGCGCGCGAUGGGGUUGGCGAGGCUACUUAG